AGGUCCGGAUUGGGUCCGCCCCUGGCCACCUCCCCCUCCCCGCCAGAGCGCCCGGAUAAAGGUUCCGUUCCGUGCGCAGUGCGACUUGAUGCGUCGCUGCUGACAGGGGAGCAGGAGGUUAAGGCUGGGGGAAAGGCGGCAAUAACAGCCUGGCAUCGUCCGACUCCCCACCGUGGUGGGAAGGGGACUCUGGAAUUGAAGUCCCGGCGGGCGAAAUGUCGGAGGGAUGGGGAGGCCCCACUGUCCGCGGCUCCGGCGGAGGAUUAAAUCGCGAGCUGUGCCGCACGUUCGGCCACUACAACCGGCACCUAGCGAGAUUGCAGCACAACUUGCGCGAAACGAAGAAGUUCUUCCGCGACAUCAAAUACUCCCAAGGGCCCGCUGUUUUCCCCGUUGCCAAUACUGGGCCUGUCGAGGAGGAGCCGCUUCAACAACACCCCGCCCCUUCUGCCGUUGAUAGCGCCCCUGCUGGUGGGGGUGCCUCCCUGCAGUCCGGACAGCUAAGCUCAAUUGCCUUUCCCCGACUUGAGGAGGAAUAUCUCCAGCUGACAGUAAGCUGUCACCCAUGCUUAUUAAUCUUUGGUCAAAACUGUAAUGCCAAAUGCCAGUUACUCAACAUGCUCUUAGGAGAGAGACUACUACCUACCACCAAAAUUAGCAGCGAGGAGAAUUGUAAGAGACGUCGAAUUCGUUUCACACAUGGAAGACAAACACGGAUCAGUUUAGCUCUACCAGGACAGUAUGAAUUGGUUCAUAACUUGGCAGCUCAUCAAAGUAGGUGGGAAACAAUACCUGAGGAGGAUUUAGAAAUCCAUGGUGACAAUGAGGACCUGGCACAUCAGGUUGCAGAGUUGGAGGUUACACUGAAUCAUACAUUAUUACAGGAAGUGGAUAUUGUGAUAGCUCCAUGUCGGGGAUUCCAGUCAGCUGAAGUCACUUUGGGAGAAUACAUCAACAACGUUCUUCCAGUCAUCACUUUUGCCAUCAGUGAGGCUGAAUUUUCAACACUGGAUGUGAAUGAACUACAAGAGAUUAAAGAAAAAUUCUCUUUACCCAUCUUCUUUUUCAAAGUACUAGAUUUGGGGUCUCAACUAAUAUCUUCUCAAAAUGCAGAAACUGAAAAGUCAUCCCUUUUUCGGCAGCUGCUAGAUUUAGACUAUCUUAGUAGCAACCAUUGCAGUUGUGGAGCUCCUAGCACUGAUGGCAAAGCCCAAAGCAUGCUGGUAGAACAGUCAGAUAAGAUCCGUCUGUUUAGCACUUUCUCCAAACAAGUGCUACAACAGCGCUUGGUGGAUGCUGCCACCAUUUUGAACAUUGUACACUACCGUUGCUUAGAUAUCUUCAUCAACCAAGCCUUUGACAUGCAACGAGACUUGCAAAUCACUCCAAAGCGUUUAGAGUAUACACGGAAAAAAGAGAAUGAGCUGUAUGAAUCUCUGAUGAGUAUAGCCAACCGCAAACAAGAAGAAAUGAAAGACAUGAUAAUUGAAACUCUCAAUAACAUGAAAGAAGAGUUGCUGGAAGAUGCUGCUAAUAUGGAAUUCAAAGAUAUAAUCAUUCCUGAGAAUGGGGAGCCUAUUAGUUCUAAAGACAUUAAAUGCUGUAUUAAGCAAAUCCAGGAACUGAUAAUCUCACGGUUAAACCAAGCAGUUGCUAAUAAACUGAUAAGUUCUGUGGACUACUUGCGUGAGAGCUUUGUAGGGACUCUGGAAAGAUGUCUGAGGAGUCUGGAAAAAUCUCAGCAAGAUGUUUCUGUACAUAUUACAAGCAACUAUUUAAAACAGAUACUGAAUGCAGCCUACCACGUAGAAGUUACUUUUCACUCUGGUUCAACAGUAUCAAGGAUGCUGUGGGAACAGAUCAAGCAGAUAAUACAACGGAUAACUUGGGUAAGCCCACCUGCUAUCACCAUAGAGUGGAAAAGGAAGGUAGCUCAGGAUGCUAUUGAGAGUCUUAGUGCAUCCAGAUUGGCCAAGAGCAUCUGCAGUCAAUUCCGAACAAGGCUAAAUAGUUCUCAUGAAGCUUUUGCUGCCUCUUUGCGACAGCUAGAGGCUGGCCAUUCUGGUAGGCUUGAGAAAACAGAGGAUCUUUGGUUGAAGGUGCGGAAAGACCAUGCCCCUCGCCUUGCCCGUCUCUCACUGGAAAGCAGGUCCCUGCAAGAUGUUUUGUUACAUGGUAAACCAAAACUAGGCCGUGAAUUGGGCCGAGGGCAAUAUGGAGUGGUGUACCUAUGUAAUGCCUGGGGGGGACACUUCCCAUGUGCGCUCAAAUCUGUUGUUCCACCAGAUGAGAAACAUUGGAAUGAUCUUGCACUGGAAUUUCACUAUAUGAGGUCACUGCCAAAACAUGAGCGGCUGGUAGACCUUCAUGGAUCAGUGAUAGAUUAUAGCUAUGGGGGAGGUUCCAGCAUUGCUGUUUUAUUGAUAAUGGAACAAUUACAUAGAGACCUCUAUACAGGAUUAAAGGCUGGUUUGACACUGGAGACAAGAUUACAGAUUGCACUGGAUGUAGUUGAAGGGAUUCGUUUUCUUCAUAGCCAGGGGCUUGUUCAUAGAGACAUCAAACUUAAAAACGUACUGCUUGAUAAAAACAAUAGAGCUAAAAUCACUGACCUGGGAUUUUGCAAACCUGAAGCAAUGAUGUCUGGAAGUAUUGUUGGGACCCCUAUCCAUAUGGCUCCUGAACUCUUCACAGGGAAAUAUGAUAAUUCUGUGGAUGUAUAUGCAUUUGGCAUCUUAUUCUGGUACAUCUGUUCAGGACAUGUGAAAUUACCAGAGGCCUUUGAGAGAUGUGCAAGCAAGGACCAUCUUUGGAACAAUGUACGAAAAGGUGUUCGCCCUGAACGUCUUCCCAUUUUUGAUGAGGAAUGCUGGCAGCUGAUGGAAGCCUGUUGGGAUGGGGACCCUUCCCAGCGCCCUCUCUUGGGCAUAGUCCAACCUAUGUUGCAGGGAAUAAUGGAUAGACUUUGCAAAUUGUACUCUGAGCAGUUAAACAAAGGAUUGGAUGACUCCACUUGAAGACAUUAUGAAUUAAUUCACUUAUGUGAGAACCCAGGUCCCCACUUUGCCACUGGCAACUCAGUGGCUCUUUGGAACAGACCAACCAAAAAUUGAGUAUUCAGGUGAGAUGAUUGAAAUUCCACCUUUAUAUAACAGCCAGAGACUUCUAUUUUCAAUACACACUACUAAUGCAGCUUGCCAGUGCUUCUUUCUUUCUUAAAAAACAAAUUAGAAGACUGGGAAUUUAGGUUCCAGUCUGCAGGGGUUUUUACUUAUCCAUUCAGGUUCCAGUAACAGCAAAAAGCACUGUUAAGUUCAGAAGACUGGCAAUCAGCACAACUGCAUCUUAAGCUACAGUCUGCUAGCUAGAUACAUGUAUAUCAGCCUUUCUGAAUGUCACAUGUGUUAGUGUGGAUGAUCAGAAGAAAUAAGAUGGUGUCCCUUCUAAAGGGAGGAUCUUCUAAUUUUUGCAGUGUAGAGAGCUGUGAACUAAUCUAGACUUCUGAUAAUAUCUGGUAUUGUUUGUACAAUGGGAUCAAAGCUCAUAAUGGGAAAGCCUCACUGCAAGAAUAUCCCAAAGUAUCAGCUCUCUGUCGUAUGUGAACCAGAUGCUUUUGGGGAAAUCCUUAGUAAGUGAAAAUGGCCGUAUUUUAUUAUUACUAUUAAUUUACAAACUUUCUGUAAGACAGGUCCUCCACCCAAAGGCUGUUCAUAUAUAGAAAUAAAAAACCAGUAACAACUAUUGCCUGUACCCAAUGGACAACUAGAUGUUUUUAAUCAUGACAGAUUUUUCUUUUCUUUUUUCCCUUUGAAUCUAUAAAGGCAAUGACUGUUUUAAACUCUAAUAUUGACCGGCCAUUUUAAAACCGGCCAUUUUGUCAGCGUUGUAUUUUUAAGUCAUUCCUUUGAAGACUAUCUAAGGGAAACCUGUCACUUAUCUGUGGAUGUGUCUGACCAUCAUUUCCUUCUUUGGGAAUUAUUAGUUGACUGUGUUAAUCUAAGAGUCCAUUGUAGGGAGCAUAUGGGGAGAAAUGAGGGUUCUUUCCUAUGUAAUUUACAUACUCCAACAAAAAGAUUCCUUUGCACUUCUUUAUACACAAAUUAGUUUCAUAGUAUAACAAUAUUUUAAGAAGGUGUAGGCUGAAAUGCAGUGCGCCUGGCACAGGUAUAGAAAGGGACCAACUACCAAUGUUUCUUUAGCUGUUUGGAGAAUGUGAAAUAUCAUUUUCCUUCUUCUGUAUACCAUGAGACAUACGCUGGUCCCAUUGACAUAGGACAACCUGCUGUGUAAACCUAAUCAUCAUUUUUUCUAGGAGGCACCUUCUCUUGUAUAAAGCAGACAUGUGGCCUCUUCCCUAUUUAUGUAAAUCACUAAAAACAAAAGUAGCCCUGCGUGUUACUCAGUAACUAAAUAAACCUUUGUGUGUGCAAUAAGAUCAGAUACCAUGCUUUUAAAAUGACUGCUGCUUACUUUGUGGCAUCCAUUGUUCUGUGGCAGUCUAAAGUUGUUUUGGCACUUCUGUCCAUAAAUUGUAGCAUUUGGCAAAUGGAACCAGAAUAGGCAGCCAAAGCUGCCAACCUUAACACAAAAGCACCUUUUCUCAAAUAAGUUCUAAAAUUGUCACAUAUGUAUUUUUGGACCACCAUUCCAGUCACUUGACAGUAUUGCAUAUUUUAUAUCUUUUGUUUGUGCUAUAGUGACCUUGUUUAGAAGUAGAAGCAUCUUGGUCAGUAUUUUUGGAAGUAUAGAAAUAGUUUAUGUAAUAUAAAAUGAAGCUGUCUUUGAACACAUUGUGUAUAGCUUUUACCAAUCAGCUACUUUUUCACUGUUUAUCUUGUGCGUUUAAAAAAAGUAGUCGUCAAACCAUACUCUAUUGGGGCUGUCUUCUCCACUGACAUAAAAUUGGCUGUAUCACUUCUCAGUAUAAAACAUGCAUGCACUUUUCUGCUGGGAAUAUAUUUUUAUUUGUGCUUUUAUCAGCCCCCAAAUAGAUUUCGUAUCUGCUGACAUACUUCAAAGCAGAAAACAGAUGAGUGUUUUUCUUGCUAAAGAUGCUACUAGUUAAAAUACAUCAGAAUUUGAUUUGAAACAUACAUUCCAUUAGCAAGUUUGUGAGUUUUCCUAGUGUUACUACUACUAUUGUGGCAUGAGAAAUGCAGCACAUCAUGUAAACACUAAAUAUUUUCACAGCUGGAGGUAUAGGAGCAAAAUAUGUAUCAUCCAUAGUAUUGUGAUGGGUGAUAACAGCUGUCAAUGAGUAUGAAACCAAGAGUCAAAGAGAUCUGACAAAAGUAUAGUAUUAGAUCUCUCUAAAAUGCUCCAGUUAUGAUUGCUUAUAACUCCUCUUCCUGCUCCCAUUAAAACUUGGUUAAUUUUAUCACUCAAUUUUUCUGUACUCAGAAAAAUACUUUAUUUACUGUGCUGUAUUAUGCAAGGUUUACAUGUUGCUACCAACUAAAUGGCUAUAGCAGGUGCUCCAGAAGAUUGAUUUGUUAUGUAUGCAGGUCAAAGGAAAUCCAGCUAGUUUACAAAACAGAUAUAACUUCAGAAAUUAUAUGCUGGCAGGAUCAAAUUAUCUAUAUUGGUGCUAGUAAUUGAUGUUUCAUAGGUGAAACUGUUUGAAGUUGUUUCAUUGCUUGGAUAGUCAGUUUUGAUUUGGGAACUGGCCAUCUAAGUUCUGGACAAACACUACAUAGGAGUUACAUGAGCUACAUUUAAGCUUCUAAAGCAGGGCUUGAAUUCAGGGUAAGACUGUGUUGUUGUAGUGCUGAAGUGUUAUCCUUAGCUUGCUGGUGCAUUGCUCUGCCAGUCACAUUGCUAUGUAAUAAAGUGGAUUGUGGGAACUUUGGCAACUGACUUUUUUUACUGUAUCACCUCCAUCUUUUAUUGCUAGUGGCUUGAUUGUGCAAUGCACACUGUUCUAGCUUGUCUAAUUAAAAAACAAGCUCUUCCAUUUACCUUUUUUUAAAGCACUUUUGUUGGCUCUUUUUUCUUUUCCUUCCCUUCCCAUUGCCAGGGUUUGGAAAGUCAGGAGAGAUACUUGAAUCAUCAUCUUCUUCCUCUUCUUUUUCUUCCAGAGUGAUAGACUUAAUGAGAGGAACAUCAGCACUGCCUCUUUAUUUAAUGUGUUUUUGUGCUGAGCUCCUUUCAUUUUUAGAGAUAUACAUAAUGCUUUCUCUAUAUCCACUGUCCCUUAGAAGUUAUCCUUUUAAAAAUCUUAUUACUGGUUUAUUUUUUUCCAGGGAGAGAAUAAGAGCACAUUUGCAUAUGAAACUCCCUCAGGGGCUUAAAAUAGCACUGCAUUUCUUUAAUAUCUUCAUUUGGUUCUGUUAAAUUGAUGGCCAACUGUUACACUUGAUGGGGCAGAUGAAACAUGAGAGAGUUGUAUAGUUCCACUGUAAUGCUUGUAGAUUUUGUACUACUUUUUAUUUUUUAAAAAAACGGAUGUAUUAUAGUGUUAAAGACAAAGUAACAAACUUACCAAUUAUAUAGGAAAAGUGCAAUAACAUGGAAAUCCAAGAUUUAAGAACAAAUAUUUUCCUUGUAUUGUGUAAUACUAAUUACUUUUCCACUGCUGCCCCUCUCCAUAACAUGUAUUUUAAAAGAUGUGAGAAUUGGUUAAGACUUCAUUUAGUGCCAUAAUGAAGCUCUGUUUUAAUAGGUGAUAGAAUGCACUGAAGUGCUGUUACAAAAUAAAGGUUUCAUUAACAUUUUA